UUCUCUUUUAGUAAUUAUGACCUCACAGGAAGGAGAGAUGUAUAUUAUAAGUCAUGUAGCUCCGUCUGCAUGCGACACAGACACUAAAGAGUGUGCUUUAAAUCAGAAAAAGACUAAAAGUGACAAAGAAAAGAGAAGCAGCAAGCACCCAGGGAUGGACUUUGUGUGUCCCCCCGUGCUGGUGGACAUGCUCGGUCACCACUGGAGGGACGUACAGGAUGGUUUCUCUGACCCUGCCGCGCUCAAUACCAUUCUGGUGUUCCAGAGUGAUGAGCUGAGGUGGACUGCACAGAAACGUGGCCUCUGGUCGCUGGAGUACAAGCGGGAGCUGACGAGUCCGCUGUGCAUCGCCGCAGCGCAGGGUUUCACUGACUGCCUGGUGUACCUGCUCGAGCAUGGAGCGCAUCCUAAUCUCAGUGCGGGAGGAAAGGCAGCGCUUCAUGAAGCAUGCACGAACAACAACACUGAGUGUGCAGAGCUGCUCCUGGAGCAUGGAGCCAAUCCCAAUCAGCUGACAGAGGACGGACUCGCACCUUUACACAUGUGCACAACACCCCAGUCCCUCCGAUGUGCCAAGGCCCUGGUGCGUCAUGGGGCUAACGUAGACCUUCCUACUGAGGAAGAGGAGGACACUCCGUUACUCAUCGCUGCACGGCACGGCCUGCCAAACCAUGCCCAGCUGUUCCUGCGAUACGGAGCGCGUAUCAACCACAGCAGCAGCUCAGGGGAAACAGCACUGGGUGCUGCAUGCUUGGAAGCUCAGCAGAAACUGGGAGAAGAUCAGGAUGAUCAGCAUCUUCAAGUCUGCCGUCUUCUAUUGAGGUAUGGAGCUAACGUCAACCUAGCUGACAAUGAGCAGCGCACUCCUCUUCAUAAGGCGGCCCGUAAUGUUCAGAUCAGCUUGGUGCAGCUUCUUCUGGAUUAUGGGGCAGAUAUCAACGCCAUCGAUUACAACGGCUGUACACCAUUAUCGAAUGUGUUACAAAACACUUUAUUACGUCAGGACUGGCAGCCUGACACUGUGGUUCAGACCCUGUUAAACCACGGAUCCAUUAAAGUAUGGCCUCAGGCUUUGCUCAAGGUAUUAACAGCCUGUGCAGCUGCUCCGAAAACUGUGGAGAUUCUCUUCAACUCCUACACACUCGUUCCUGUGACAUAUAGAUGGGUUGAAGCGAUACCUGAAGACAUUUUCCAUCUUCACAGGUCGUUCUACGACUCUCUUUUUGCUCUGGAGUUUAAACCACGCUGCCUGCAGCACCUCUGCAGAUCUGCGCUAAGAAAGCACUUCGGGAAAUACUGCUACUUAUUUAUUCCCCAGCUUCCUGUCCCAAAGAUGCUAAAAGACUACUUACUUUUGGAACCUGAAGGCUACAUCAGCUAGGAAGAUUGGAGGCUGACAUGGUGUAAAAAAAAUAAUAAUAAAUCCCUCAUACUGAAUUUGAUCUAAAAAUGCUACUGUUAAGCCAUCGAGAAUCUCUGCUUGAUAUUAUUUCUCUUUUUCACUGUGUAUAUAAUAGUUUGUUUCAUUUAGUCAUCUGUGUAAAGUAUAAAUGCAGCUGUGUUUCUUCUAAUGACUGUUUCUUUUUAGAGCCACAUAUUGUUUACUGCUACAGGAAGUACUUUUUUAAUAAAUAAAACUAUUUGUGAUUUUCUUCUAACAUUGUCAUAAAGAAUGCAUUAUUGACGUGUGUGUGUGCGUGUGCGUGUGUGCGUGUGUG